AUGUCUGAAUUUCAGAAGUCUCUUGCCUCCGACACGCAAGACUUGUCGGACUCUAGGUCAGACGGAAAAUCUGAUCCUAAGGUUGACCUCAACGAAGACAGCGUCUCUUCCCAAGACGUUGGUGCCUCACAAAAAGAGCUUGACCGUAUCUACAGAAAGCUCGACCGCAGAAUCAUUCCUGCGCUCUGGUGUCUCUACUUCUUGACCUCGUUUGGCUCCAGCGUCUAUGGAGUCACCUUGACUAUGAAUAGAGCCUCCGGCCAUUCGUUGAAACAACAGCUUGGUUUGACUGCCAAGCAGCUUUCUACUGCAUCUGCACUUUAUUACGUCGGCUACAUUCUCUUUGAUGUUCCUGCCAAUUUGAUUAUGACUAAAGUUAGCCCUCAGUCUUGGUUGGCCAGAAUUGUCAUCACCGUGGGUGUUGUGUACACCUGCUACCACGCAUUGUCAUCCCCCGGUGCACUCAUUGCCUGCCGUUUCAUCUCUGGUGUCGUUGGUGCCGGAACUUGGCCAGGAAUGUCUUACUAUGUGUCGUUGUGGUACCCUAAUGAAAGACUGACAAGACGUAUUGGUUACUACUUCACUGCUGCACAGCUUUCUGCCUCUGCUGCUGGUUUAGUCAGUGCUGGGUUCCAGAAAAUGGACGGUACUAGAGGGUACACUGGCUGGCAGUGGAUGUACUUGGUCUAUGGGUGUAUUACCAUCACCGUGGGUAUUUCGCUUCUUUGGUGGCUUCCCGAUAGGCCAUUUAAGACCAACAAAGAACAUAAUAACGCUAUUCUGCGUUUCUACACACGGUAUGUCACUCCAACGCACCCUCUCAACGAAAUGGAGAGGGAGAUCCAUAGAAAGGACAUCGAACACCGUUACGUUCUUCUCAAAUGGACAAUGAAGGAUGUGUUGGCUAUUCUCACCGACUUGAGACUCUGGCCAAUCACUAUAAUGUACUUUGGAGUUGUGGGUACCGGAUUUGGUUUGGCUGUCUUUGGUUCCACUAUCAUUGCUGCUAACAACCCUGGCCUUUCGUCCAUCAAUGUGUCACUCUUGUACGCACCCAUCUGGUUGUUUGAUUUGGCUGGAAUUUUGAUCAUUACGCCCUUUGCUGACAAGUUCAAGCGUUUCCGUGCUGCAUUUUUCAGUGGAGCUUGUGUAAUUAUCAUGGUAGGUAUGUUUGUGACGACAUUUGCUAAAGGGUCAUGGAACAGAUACGGCGGGUUGCUUAUUGCUGGAUUUGGUCUUGGACCUACUGUCCCUAUCUGUAUGUCGUGGUCAGCCGAGAUCUUUGGACCUCGUUAUGGAGAUGUUGGAACUGCAGUGAGUGCAGCCAUUGUUUCUGGAUUGGGAAACUUGGGAUCUGUCACCGCCACAUAUGCUUUGUACAGUGGGUGGCCCUCUGAUGCCAAGAGACUCUACAGGAACUCCAAUAUGGUUCUUGUGGGUAUGUUGGGAAUCAGUAUUGUUGCGUCUGGAGUUUGUCACUUGAUCAGGGACAAGAUCCGUCAACAAUAG